AAAAAAACACUGUGGAGCUGGGGUGUUUGUUGUGAGACAGGCAUUUGAGCUUGAAGGUGAAGUAGGUGGUGGUGAACUCGAAAUUCAAUGGACUACAGUUGAUGGGUAUCUUGCACAUAAUCAACAAAUGCUUGCAUUUCUGAAAAGGUUUGUUUCGAAACGGCAAGCGUCAUUGCAUAUCGUGCCUGAACUUUGACGAUCAAACCAAGGAGAAUGUCGGAGCGAUCCCAGAGCCCUACUUUAGAGUGCAACAGCCGGCCUGAUGACUUCAGCCGGGCCAUUUACGCCCAGGCCUUGAGUCAAGAGGGGUUUGGAGGCGCGUCGCUCCAGAUACCACACGGCGUUCUACAACACCAUAGUCUUCUCUUCAACAAGACCGCAUACAACGGGAUGCCUCCGACAACAGCUCAACCCUUUUUCCCGUUCCCACCGGUCAGUGGUGACUAUAGGGCCUCCGACUUGCAAGCCGGUGAUUUUUGCCAACCCAAACACUGGUAUCCCAUCGCCGCUGCCGAGUACACCGGCCAAGUCCCGGGGGUCGCAGCGGCUACCCAGCCCACAAACCUGAGCCCACCAAACACCGAAACCAGGGAACAAAUCAAGAUGCCCGAAAUAAAGAUGGAGAAGGAUGUCAAUGACGAGUAUAAGCAAAAGAUCCAACAGUAUCCAACUCCAACUUCGUCCGCUGUAGCUCACGGGGUUUACUACUCGACUCCAUGGAACCCAUCAUUUUGGCCCGGCUUUCCCCACAUCACGGCUGCGAGUACCAAUACUCAAAACCUCAACUCCAUACCCUCAACAUCGUCUUCAUCGUCCCCAUCUCUCUCGCCCUCACCCCCCAGUAAUGGGGUACCCGGGGUCACGUUCUUCAAUGGGAGCGCAAGCCAAACUGCCCAAACACCCCAGGCGCAAACCUCUACCCGGAGCAGUGGCUCCUCCAGCGGCGGGUGCAGUGACUCGGAGGAAGAGGAGAACCUUUCAACUGAGGAACUGGAACAGUUUGCCAAGGAGCUGAAGCACACUCGUAUAACCCUGGGUUUCACACAAGCAGAUGUAGGCCUGGCCCUAGGCAACCUUUAUGGCAAGAUGUUCAGCCAGACUACAAUCUGCCGCUUUGAAGCCCUCCAGCUCAGCUUCAAGAACAUGUGCAAGCUGAAGCCCCUGCUCCGGAGAUGGCUGAAUGAGGCUGAGACCUCGGACAACCCCCAGGAUAUGUACAAGAUCGAGCGGGUAUUUGUGGACACCAGGAAGAGGAAGCGGAGGACCAGUCUGGAGGGGUCGGUGCGCACGGCUCUGGAGUCUUACUUUGUCAAGUGCCCCAAACCGAACACCCAGGAGAUCACACACAUUGCUGAUGACCUGUGUCUGGAGAGAGACGUGGUGCGUGUGUGGUUCUGUAACCGCAGACAGAAGGGCAAGCGCCUGGCCCUCCCCUUCGAUGAGUGUGAAGGACAGUACUAUGAGCAGAGCCCCCCUCCCCCACACACGGCUCACUCCCCCCUCCCUGGGCAGGGGUACUCUCUCUCCGGCCACCCCGGUGGCCCCACCUUCUACAUGCCCCCCCUCCAGAGGCCAGAUGUCUUUAAGCAGGCCCUGCACCCUGGACUGGUGGGUCACCUGACAAGUUAAACGUGUUCUAGUUCUCCAAACCAGACCUGGCCAUGUGGCCACCUCUUCACUUCCCCACCCAACAUGGCUACCUCUCUUCAGUCCUCCAGUCCCUACCCACCCAGGCUGUUGUCCUCCAUAUGCAGUUCUACUACACCCUAGUCCCUCUGGAACAUGGAGAGAAAGUCAAGUGAGCGGGGGCUUGUAGGCCAGUAAAGAAAUGGGUAAAAGCUGGAACUUCCUGGUGUCUUUGUAAGGCCAGGGAAUCUUGACACUGCCGUUUGUCUCUUUACCCUACAUGCUCCAUGUUGACUUUUCAUCGGUUGUGCCUCCCACUCAGUUCAGCUGCAAGUCAUCUGCACAGCACUGAACUGUUGAUGCUCCAGCCAGCAUCAUGACAAUUUAAGGGACGGGGAGGGGUGGUACGUUGGAUCUGAAUCCGUUAUGAGGUGAUGGCUUUGCACAAAGUUGUGGUUUUGAGUGACUUUUUUUUAUUAUAUUUUUACAAUUAUUUCUUUAUCUUGAAUAUCUUUCUGCCAUCUUAUUGUUGCAGUUCCUCCAGCGGUUAGAUAUUUUCAGAUGACAGUUGUCUUAUCUAGAGAUUCUUUGUCGUCUUGUUCAGAAGGAAUACGCUCAUGGUGGAAGUUUGCCACAAAAACAGUAAUUGUCUUGCUGAGAAUUCUGGUAUGUUUGGUUACCCAUGAAUGUAUUUUUGUCGCACACUUUGACUAAUUUUAUUAUUUUAAUACUGGAACUGUAGUUAAUGUUGGGACAAACUGCAGGAUGUGUCUGUCGAGUGGGGCAUUGAGUACUGCCCCUCAACCAGUGUUUCUUGGAAACGUGAUCAUCAGGGGCCGAAAUAGUAACUGUUCUCUGUUUACUUCCCCAAUCCUAUAAUUUGUUUUGAUCUGGCCUUUCUAAAAUGACCAUGCCGUCACAAUCUUGUGCCUUAUUGUGUAGUUGAAGUAAUUUCCUCUUAUGUGACUCCGAUCUCUUGAUGUUUUUACGCAAUCCCAUGUUUAUAAAUGAAAGCAUAUUUUAUUGAAACUGGCUAUUUCUCUGGGGCAACCUAUAGAUGUUACCUGUGCCUUUUUUCCUCCACGCAAUUAAAUUAUCUUUAUUUUCCAUUCCAA